AUGUUAGAUCAUCAACGCUUGAAUGAUUUAGUGUACAUUAAGUAUAAUCGAGCGUUGAAGAGAAGAUACAAUGAACGUAACACCAUUGACCCAAUUUCCUUGAAAGAUAUAGAUGAUAGCAAUGAAUGGUUGAUAGGGAGAAUGGAAGAUGAAGAUUCUCAUGGAGGUGCACAAGAUGAUUUUGUAUUUGAUGAUGAUAAUUUGACAUGGGGUGAUGUUGCUAGAGCUGCUGGAGCUGAGAAGGCCAGGUUUGAUACUAGAGCUAGGGCUAGAGCAAGCUCAAGCAUAAUACCACCAACAAGGGGGAUAGCUUCAAGUUCUAGAACUUUGCCUUCUCAUUCACUAAUAAAUGAAGAUGAAGAUGGAGACAUGGUUGAUUCAGCAGAUGAAGAAGAUGGGGAAGGCUACAAAUGUGGUGAUGGAAAUGAUGAUGAUGAUGAUUUUGUUGAUUUAGAGGAGGAGUGAUGAUUGCUUGUUGUGGACAAAUUUGUGAUUU